AUGGCCAUCGCGCACAUCGCCACCGAGUACGUGUUCUCCGACUUCCUGCUGAAGGAGCCGCCCGAGACGCGCUACAAGGGGCUGCGGCUGGAGCUGGCGCUCGACAAGAUCGUCACCUGCAUCGCCGUGGGGCUGCCGCUGCUCCUCAUCUCCCUCGCCUUCGCCCAGGAGGUCUCCAUCGGUGCUCAAAUAAGCUGUUUUGCACCCAGCUCCUUCUCCUGGCGACAAGCUGCUUAUGUGGACUCCUACUGCUGGGCAGCUGUGCAGCAGAAGCAACCAUCCCACAACAACUUGGAAAACAUACCCCUGUCACUGCAUAAAUUCUUCCCAUACAUCCUUCUGCUUGUUGCUAUCCUGCUGUAUCUGCCAUGUCUGUUCUGGCGCUUCACUGCAGCACCUCACCUUUCCUCAGACCUGAAAUUUAUUAUGGAAGAACUUGACAAAGCCUAUAACAGGGCAAUCAAAGCUGCUAACAGCAUUCGGAGUGGAGACCCCAGGGACCCUGCUGACUCGAUUCCAGCUGCUAAUGAGAACUUGACACAGAGUUUGUGGGAAAUAUCUGAAAGCUACUUUAAAUACCCAAUUGUGGAGCAGUACCUGAAGACAAAAAAGAAUUCCAAGUGCUUAAUAAUGAAAUACAUUACAUGCCGUUUGCUCACACUAGUAAUUAUUUUCAUUGCAUGCCUCUAUCUGGGCUACUACAUCCGUCUCUCCUCUCUGAGUGAUGAGUUUCUUUGCACUAUCAAAACUGGGAUCCUUAAGAAUGACACAACUGUUCCAGAAGUGGUUCAGUGCAAGCUUAUUGCUGUUGGUGUCUUCAAGGUACUCAGCUAUAUUAACCUGAUAGUCUAUCUGAUGGUGAUGCCCCUGGUAGUGUAUGCAAUGUUUGUGCCAUGGAGGUGGAAUUCAGGUGUUCUCAAAGUGUAUGAAAUCUUGCCAACUUUUGAUGUUCUGAAACUUAAGUCAAAUCAUUUUGAUGACUUAAGCCUUUACCUCCUCUUUCUUGAGGAAAAUGUGAGUGAACUUAAAUCAUUUAAAUGCCUUAAGGUGCUGGAGAACAUUGCAGUUUCUGAGAAGUUUGAUGUCAUGCAGCUUUUGGUAAACCUUGGUACUAUUAAGACUGAUACCAUAGAUGGCAAGCCAGGGACUGCUGAGUUGGAGAAGCCUGAAGAAACAACUACAGAAGAGCUGGAAAAAGAUGCAACAGAGUUACAAGUUCUGACAGACCGUGGUGCAAGUGGCAAUACCAAUAUGAGAGAAGACAAGAGACUUCGCCAAAGGCUCAUAGAUUCUUCGUGCUGAUGCUUCCCAGCUGCAGGAGCCAGGAGCCCAUUCCAUGGGAAGGCUUCUCCACUGGGCUCAGUGCAAGGUGCUGCUCUUUAAUGCAACGUUCUCAAUCACCUGACAGUUCCCCAGAGGCCAAACUGGUUUACAGACUAUUUGUUGUAUAAUAAUCAGGAGUCAUGUGCCUGAAAAAGCACGUUCUACGCUUCCGUUAUUUAUUAAAACAAUCAAACCACACACAAGGAGGAACAAGAACAAAACAAUUCUGUCAUGAGUAGCAAGUGAUGUGUGUUGAAUGCAGUUGAAGCUGGCAGCUGGACAGAGCUCACUCCAUGCUGGACAGGGAUGGGAACAUAAGCCUGCAGGUAGCAAAAAGGGAUGGCCGCUGAUUGCAUUCUGAAGUGUUGCUCUGCAGCAGUGGCCAUCUCAGUUCUGGGGUUUAAGUAACGUAACUUUGGGCUCUCUGACCUGGAGAAGGGGGGCUGGGG